GCCGCGUGGGGGGCGAGAGCAGCGCCCUGUCAGCGGCGGCGGCGGCGGCGGUGGCGGCGGCGGCGGCGGCAGCGGCGGCGGCGGCGGCGGCACGCGCGAGGCGGAGCGUGCGCCCUUAAGGACGCACGAGCGGGAGCGGGAGCGGGAGCAGCCGUCCGAGCGCGACAGGGAGCGUGGCCGCACAGAGAGGGAGCGCCUGCCGCCGCCGCCGGCAGCGGCGCCGCCGGAGAGAGAGCGGGCCCCGGCCGCGCGGGCGCCGCCGCGCGCGGCGGCCGAGGCGCAUCCGCGCCCGCACCCGCCGCCGCCGGCAGAGGCGGACCCCGCCUUCACCGCCGGCCGCGUAUUCAACCUCAUCCCAUCUUCUGUCGCAGAGGAGUGCGCCCGCAG